UGACUGCCGCAUCUCAUGGCCAAGACGCACAUGCAUUCACUCUCCUUGGGAUGUGGGAGUGCCCUACGCUCGCGAAGGCAGCCGCGGACAUCCCCAAAGAAGGCAGGGCCUGCGCCGAGCCCUCCCCUGAUGCAUCAGCACGGAGACCUCGCUUCUGCCACUGCCAAGAUGGCGCCAUCGCCUCCUGCGUCCCUCCCAUGCUCGGACGUGUUCCUCAUGAUCCGGCGCCACAAGACCACGAUCUUCACGGACGCCAAGGAGUCGAGCACGGUGUUCGAGCUGAAGCGCAUCGUCGAGGGCAUCCUCAAGCGGCCUCCCGACGAGCAGCGGCUGUACAAGGAUGACCAGCUCCUGGAUGAUGGCAAGACCCUGGGCGAGUGUGGCUUCACUAGUCAGACAGCACGGCCGCAGGCCCCAGCCACUGUGGGGCUGGCCUUCCGGGCAGAUGAGGCUUUUGAGGCCCUGCGCAUCGAGCCCUUCUCUAGCCCGCCGGAGCUGCCUGAUGUGAUGAAGCCACAGGACUCAGGAAGCAGCGCCAAUGAACAAGCCGUGCAGUGAGAAGGCCCCUGGGCCCACCCCAGUGCCCCAUUCUCCCCAAUAAAAGAGAUUUGGGUGUU